GGGAAAGGUAGGUGGUGGGCGUGGUGUAGAAAGUGGAAAAGUGAAUGCAGGUGAUAGCGGAGAAAAUGAUUGUGAGAUGGAGAGGGGGGGUGUCCUAUAUUCGUGCUCAGUACGUGUCUCAUCGUGUCAAGACAGUUUGGUGAUGGUUUGUGUAGUAGUUCAAAAUGUUUUAACGUGACAGUGAGCGAAGUGCCUGAAGUGUAUUCGUGCACCAUCGGCGUUAUAGAUAUCUUUUUCACCAAGUAGUGAAUCCGGAGAAAUCAUGUUUUAGUGAGUCAUAGGUGCAGAAACCGGUUUUAAUUUUUGGCAGUAGGUUUGUGGAACCCACAGCGCUUCCUCUUAAACAUUCACGUUUGUUUCGUUAAAGAGGCGCAGAAAACUGCUUUCACACCUGCCUCACGAUGGAGAUAAGGGAAAGGACAAAACAUGAAAAAUCUGUAAAUUCUGAAGAAGUUAAAAGUACUUCAUUGGCUGCCACCAGUUUAAAAUCCCACCCAUCCGUUUACAUUAUUUUUGUGUCUCUGCUUCUUGAUUUAUUAGCUUUUACAAUGAUACUCCCACUGUUACCAUCACUACUUGAUCAUUAUCGACAAAAUGACAAGCCUGAUGGGUUGUAUCCUUGGCUACUCAGUAAAAUACGUUAUUUUCAACAGAUUGUGGGUGCUCCGGACAGAUUUAACUCUGUCUUAUUUGGCGGAUUUUUAGGUUCAAUGUACUCAUUCCUCCAGUUCCUAGCAUCUCCACUUGUUGGUGGAGUAUCUGAUGUUUAUGGCCGUAAGCCAGUAAUGCUUGUCUGCCUUAUUGGAAUUUCAUUUUCUUACGUGCUGUGGGCCUUGUCGAGCUCAUUUUUGCUUUUUGUUUUUGCAAGAAUUAUCGGAGGAAUAAGCAAGGGAAAUGUUAGUCUGUCUAUGGCAAUCAUUACUGACGUAUCAUCAUCUGCUACUAGAGGACGCGGGAUGGCCCUUGUUGGUAUUGCCUUUUCUGUUGGCUUCAUAGUUGGUCCUGUGAUUGGAGCCAUGUUUGCAAGGUGGGCACAAGGCCAGUCUGGUGACUGGUUUGUCACUCCGGCACUGUUUGCUUUUGGAUUAUCGCUGCUUGAUGUGUUAUUUGUUACGCUGUUUUUUAAGGAGACUCUGCCAAAGAACAAAAGGGCAAGUUCUGUGGCUGGAAGCUUAGGCCAAGCAGCUGCAUACAUCAGCAUUCCGGAUUUAUUUCUCUUCAGAGCUGUUAAAAACAUCUCAAAAGAAGAUUUAAGAAAGCUACAAACCUUGGGUCUUAUUUACUUCGUAUAUCUGUUUUUGUAUUCUGGUUUGGAGUUUACUCUGACAUUUUUGACCCAUCAUAAGUUCAACUAUACUUCCAUGCAACAAGGUUGGAUGUUUUUUGUCAUUGGUUUGACAAUGGCCGUCAUGCAAGGAAGCUACGUUCGCAAAUUACCUGAACAUAAAAUCAAGCCAACAGCAGUGCUGGGCCUAUUACUAAUUGUACCAGCAUUCAUCGUCACAGGAUUAGCUACAUCUGUCAUAGGCUUGUACAUUGGGCUCCUGCUGUUUGCUGUCUCCACAGCAAUGGUUGUCCCUUGUAUGAUGACACUAGCCUCAAAAUAUGGGUCUCAUGACCAGAAAGGAACUGUUAUGGGCAUCUUCAGAUCAUUAGGAGCGUUAGCCAGAGCUGUUGGACCUAUAAUUGCAUCAAUAGGGUAUUGGAGUAUUGGUUCAACACCCACGUACAUCAUGGGUGGAACUUUGUUGUUGUGGCCAUGGUUGAAACUUAAGACAAGCAAUACUUAGUUGUGAACUCCAUCCCUGAACAGAAGUUUUACCUCUACAACAUCAUGGACACACAUCUUCAGGAAGGAUACUAGUCGAAUGAACAGAACUGCAUGUCCUAUUGAAUGCUGUGAAGACCCUAGUAUGCUUACAAGGUUUUUUUUAAGUGUAGUGCACACAAAUAAUAGUGUGUAGUAAUUAAUAGGCAAGAAAAAGCUGGAGUGCAUUUCAGAUUAAGGAUUUUGUGUAAUAUACUUACAGUAGUUUUCAUUCUCCUUGCACUGUGGUGAAUCUACGGCCCAGUUUUCAUUAUGUAAGAAAACUUAAUGUGGUCAUUCUUGUGUUCAUUAACUUACUUUCUAGAAAAUUAGGAAGUUAUCUGAUACUACUAUAAUUUAUUACAUUAUUGCAUUAUACUAAUUUCAGUGUUCUGUUUAAGAGCCUACUUCCAGUAUUGUAUCAAAUACAUUAAAGAUGAGUGAAAGUUUACUACAGUAUUGUGGCAGCAGGACAAGAAUUGGCAACCCAGUUAAAGCUGGUGAAAUUAAGUUUCACAAUUCACAGUGGGCACAAAUUUUACCAACUCAUAAUUUUAUUCAUGUCACCACCUAUCUCUGAUGUAUUCUUUGAGGAAAAUCUCAUUUAGUUUAUUAUGUAUUGUUUCACUCAUUGUGAAUCUAUGUAGAGGCCAAACGGAGAGAUAAUAAUUGGUGUUCUAAAUUAUGUCUUUGCAGAUAAUGUGUUAGCAGUAUUACAAAAAAUAAUUUUCGUCUGUCUUUAAAAAUUUUUCCUUUUCUGUUUUUUCUCCUCGUAUGUUGUAACUUUGUUCUAUCCAUAGAUUAUUGGUUUUCCUUCAUCUACGUCAUUUAUUCUGUGGAGUUAUUAUUUUCAAUUUGUCUGUUCACAAUGGUUUUGUUGUUAGCUCUGCCACUUGGCUUUACUGAGUAAAGUUGUAUGCACCAUCCUCCAUGUUCUUUCUACAUGGCAUUAUUCUUGUCCGCAUGUUAAGUGUGUUCAUUUCAUUUCUUCUAAUUUAUUAACUUCAUUUAUAGUAUGUAUGUGAGGAUAGUGGUUGCACAUAGCUUCGUAUGGGUACUGUAGACUGACUGACAACUGAAAAUUUGUACCUUUUUUAUGCAAUGGGAUCUUGUUUACUUUGAAGUAUAUUUUACAAAACUGUCCAAUCAUGUAUCGUACAUUUUCUACAUUAACUUUUGUAGUGUUGUAUUAUCCUGCGAGAGUGCCUUCUGAAGUUCCCCAUCUUGUAUACAAUUACAGGGUGUUGUGUGGUGUGUUGUGUCCAGUUAACUGAAGUUUGACUUAACGUUUCCUCCAUUGGUUCUUAUUUAGUCAAAAAAGAUGAGAAAGUAUAAACUUGCAUGUACAAUGAUCAGAUUCUGUUCCAACAAUCAAUUUAAAUGCCAUAAUCGUGAAUGUAUUUACUGCAAUAUUAUUAUUAUUAUUAUUAUUAUUAUUUAUUGUGCUGUUGUUACUGCUGUUGUAAGUACUGUUUUCAGUAUUUAUUUGCCAUAGUUAUAUACAUCAAAAUUAGAUAUUGGAAUUAUACAAAUUUUGAAAGCAUUAUUUAACUAUAAAUUCUUGUGUGUGUGUGUGUGUGUGUGUGUGCGUGUGUGUGUGUGUGUGUGUGUGUGUGUGUGUGUGUGCGUGAGUUUAAAGAUGGUAGCAACAUUAGAAAUAGUAACAAAGAAUUAUUGUCAAAAGUUAUUGUUAUUUUUUAACCAAUGUUUAAUGAGCCUAUUACUGUAUGUAAAAAAAAGAACAAGAAGAAGAAGAAGAAGAAGAAGGAGG